AUGCCCUUCGUAACUCGGCAAGGGCCUUUGACCUGGGUCAUUCUACUUGCAGGACUCGCAUUUGCAGGAGCCUCGUUUGCGCUGAUUCAGACUGCAACCAGCCUCCAGAUGCUGAUUGCCGCUCGAGCUCUCCAGGGUGUUUCUUCCGCGGCAACGACUGGUGCAUGUUCUGGCAUGUUGGCAACAGCAGUUGCCAUCAAUGACCGGGCACCAACUUUGUCUUGGGUUUCACCUGCCUUCAUUCAGGGGGUGGCCUUGACCGGAGCACCUGCGCUCUCCGGUUUUCUCUACACGCAGCACAAGGGUCCAGAAGCCGUCUUCUACCUUGCGUAUGCUCUCAUCACCUUCACCUUUUUGCUGACAAUGAUCGCUGCCAUGAUCACUCCCAAGAUUGAAAUCGGCCUUGCAGUCACCGACAUCGACCACGGUGCAGAACCCACUUCCGCAACGGAACCUCGCGGCUACGGUACCAUGAGUCCUGAACUCCAUAGGGCCACGCCCGCUAUUGCUAGCAGAAUGCGUUCAUCGAGAUCGAGAUCCCCGCAUUCGGUAUCCUCCGUAAGGUCGAGUAGAAGUAGCGCUUCUACUAUCCUUUCAGAGCCAUCCACCUGGAGCUUUCGCCUCUUGGUGGCUGUGUAUGGCUACUUUGUCCUCAGCCUCCUGACGACUGCGCUUGCCACCGUACUCCCUCUCCGAAUAAUGCAAAAAUUUGGGUGGACAGAACUAGGGGCUGGGUUGAUGUUUGUGUGGCUGUCAGCCCCUGCCGUGGUGGUUGGGGUUUUGGCCGGCGCCUUUACUGCUCGAAUCCCUGGAUCAGCCCGUUGGUUGACAUCCAUUGGGUUUUUGGCGUCGGUUCCUGGUAUCUUGUCGCUUGUCUCGGCGACAGGACAGACCACGGAAGACAACCAUGGUAUUCUCACGAAUCCAUUACUGUUGACUCUCGCCGCCAUAUCUUUCGCCAUAGGACUGUGCGGAGAUCCAUUGAUCAAGGAGAUUACGAACGUAGUGGGACCUACGGCAGUCAACGACCCGUCAAGUGCGGCCGCCCAGGCAUCUAGUCUUCCAAAUAUCGCGGCUGCUUGGGGAGGCUUGGUCGGACCCCUAUUUGCUGGCGCCAUUACUUGGGUAUGGGGGUUCCAGAUCUUGGUUCAGUCUUUGGCGCUUGUCGCCGCAACAACCGGUCUGCUGAGCGUCAUAUUUGUACAAGGCUGGCCUGGUAGUUCUGAUGUUGAUAUGGGUCGGCAUCGCGCACAACCUGCAACAGAUGAAGAAACAGCUCCUCUUCUGGUCAACGACCAUCAAGUUGCCGAGUUCUAUCCUGCUGGACGACCAGGUAUUUUGAGCAAAGGCAAGAAGAACAGGCCUUUUGCCGAGACUCCAGGCUCUCCUAGCGGCCGCAAGAAUCGCACCCACCGUCGGCACUUCAGUGUCGACAACUCCUCAAUUACAACGAUAACUGGAGCAGGAAGUGUUGAGACGACAGGCGGUCAAGUCCGCCAAGUCCGCUUUCAGGCCUCUCUGGAGGACAGUCCGGAUGGGCUUGGGACGAAUCAGCCACCCACAAGGGAAAAUAGCAAUCAAUCCAAUCCCGAACGUCGCUAUGUCAUGAGAGAGGCCCCUCACGCACCGACGACUGAUCCUCUCUUGGCCGCGGGCAGUAGGUACGUCAUUGACGAAGAGAGGUCAGUCGCUGCUGGUACCGAGAGACCGAAGCGCCAUGUGGUGGUGUUCGCUGAGGGGACAGCGCCACCAGAGCUGCUGGCACGUCAUCGGCACCACACCGUUGCGAUCAAUGCCUUGGACGGAACCACUCAAAUCGUAUCGAACAGCACCGAUAGUAACCAUGCCGUCUCGGUGACAGAGGACAGUCUGGAGGAUGCCGAGUUUUCCGAAGCCACUUCGACGCGUUAUGUGGUGGUUGUUGUGGACGAGGGUGAAGAUGAGAGCAGGUGA